GAUAUAUGAACAUUGCAUUAUUAACUUCAGUGGAAUCUGUAUAUGUAUUCAGUAUUCUAUAAUACUCUAUGUAAUAAAUAGUAAACUAGUUUUACCACAGAAUUGGAAAGAUAAGAUAUUAUCUAUUCUGUGGUUUUACGAUUGUGUGUAGUUUGAUUAAUUUAAUUGUUAAAUGUAAUUUGAGCAGUAUUAUAAUCCCGCCCAAUUCUUAAAAAUUUAAAUAGAUUUCAUAUUUCUUAUAAACUUAUUUUUAAAAUUACUUAGUGUAUUAACUCGUGUUGACACAUAUUUAUAUUAAUAGCAUCUGAUUUAUUACUAUUUAAUAUUAGGAUAGAUGAAGAUGCGACAAAAAUGUUUGGUUAAAAUAAAAUUAUUUGUUAACAAUUUUCACUCGUCGAGUAACAGUUGUAAAGCAAAGAUAAUUGAUGGAAAAAUUAUAGCCAAUACAAUAUUAAAAGAAUUAAAACUUGAAACAACAGAAUGGAUUGCUAAAGGUCACCGAGCACCUUGUUUAGUAGCAGUUUUAGUAGGCGAGGAUGCAGCUAGUAAAAUUUAUGUCAACAACAAAAUUAAAGCUGCGAAAGUUGUUGGUAUCAACACUGAAACUAUUGUCUUUAAAACAUCAACCAGCCAAAGUGAUCUUCUUGAAUGUAUUAAAUGUUUAAAUCACAAUGAAAAAGUUGAUGGAAUUUUAGUUCAAUUACCACUUCCAGACCAUAUUACUGAAAGAACAGUGUGCAACGCUGUUUCACCUCAUAAGGAUGUCGAUGGUUUUAACAUAGUGAACAUUGGUCGUUUUUGUUUAGAUAUGCAAUGUUUAGGUCCAUGUACGCCUUUAGGUGUUCAUGAAUUAAUCCGCCGAACAGGAAUUCCUACUUUUGGUAAAAAUGCAGUAGUAUGUGGGAGAUCUAAGAAUGUUGGUAUGCCAAUUGCUAUGUUACUUCAUGCAGACAAUGUAGGAGAAACAUCAGCUAUGGAUGCUACAACAACUAUUUGCCAUAGGCAUACACCGCCCGAUCAAUUGGCUGUAUUUACAAAAAAUGCUGAUAUAAUUGUUUCUGCCGCUGGUGUUCCUAAUUUAAUUCGUGCUGAUAUGAUCAAACCAGGAGCUGCUAUAAUAGAUGUUGGAAUAACAAGAAUGUUUGAUGAACAAACUUCUAAAUCUUAUUUAGUAGGUGAUGUAGAUUUUAAUAGUGUCAGAAAAGUAGCUGGCUAUAUAACUCCAGUACCAGGAGGUGUUGGUCCAAUGACGGUUGCAAUGUUAAUGCGUAAUACAGUAGCAGCAGCUAAGAAAACUGUGAUCUAUAAUAUACUUGAUCCUGAAGCAGUCAUUUACAAGCAAGCAUCUCAAAUAAAACCAUGAAAACAUUAGUUUUAUUGAGAUAGAUGAUAAGAAUCCUUCAUUAUUAUUAUUUGAUGUACUAACAUCAAAACUAUUUUCUAUUUGUUAUUUUUAACAAUUCUAUGUGUUUUUUAUAUGUCUGUCUAAUUGUUUUAAUUUUUUACAAUUUAAG